AUGGGGCAUGCUGCCGUGGGGCCAUGUGCCGUGGGGCAUGCUGCAGCAGCCCCACGCAGCAUCAAACCCUUUGCAGCAGCUGCCCCAUGCAGCAGCAGAGCUAACCCGAACCACAGCAGCAGCACGGCCAAGCAGCACGAUGGGCGCUUCUUGGACCCUAAACCCUUCUUGGACUCUAAACCCCUCUCGGACCCUAAACCCUUCUUGGACCCCAAAAGCCUCUUGGAUCCUAAACCCUUCUUGGACCCUAAACCCUUCUUGGACCCUAAACGCUUCUUGGACCCUAAACCCUUCUUGGACCCCAUACCCUUCUCGGACCCUAAAUCCUUCUUGGACCAUAAACCCUUCUUGGACCCUAAGCCCUUCUUGAACCCUAAACUCUUCUUGGACCCUAAACUUUUCUUGGACCCUAAACCCUUCUUGGACCAUAAACUCAUCUUGGACCCUAAACCCUUCUUGGACCCUAAGCCCUUCUUGGACUCUAAGCCCUUCUUGGACCCUAAAUCCUUCUUGGACCCUAAACCCUUAUUUGGACCCUAA